ACAAUGCCGCAAACGGAAAUUAAAGCUCCUGCCGUUGCGCUGACGACGGCACCACUGUCAAUGGACACACAGAAACAACCAACCGAACGGCUACAAAGCGGUGUUAACGUAACAAAGUACGAUCGAAGCAGAGAUAAGGAAUCCUCCGAAGAAGCUUCUCCGCGAUGUUUACGUUCGACAAGAAGUUUUCAACCAAAGCGAGUGUCGGAGUUGCCUCCCCUAGAAUCCGAUUCGGAUUCCGAUGGUGAUGGAAACUUAAAUUGUGCGAUUCUGAACGAUUCGUUUCUAUUGACGCCGUCUAAGUGCAUCGAUGAGGAGGACAGUGUGGAUAAGAAGAUCCCAUCCAAAGCCACAAUUCGAAGUGUCACGGAUGCCGUACCCAAAUCGCGAAUAAAGCUAGAAGACAAGCUUCCUUCGACGAACAUUGGUUCUGAACUUGAAUCCAAAAUGAUCAAGCGAGCGCCUUUGGUAGAACGCUCGCAAUUUGACCUAAGGCCUUACAAUGAUACGUCGCCGACCAAAUCGACACGUAGCCAGGAUUCUGGAUAUGGAGCAAGCGCAUCGGCCGAUACUGUUGGCGAACUGCCAAGUGCUGUACGUAGGCCUGACAGACCAGUACGCCAGAGUGGAGCCCAAAGUCCUGUUCCGUUAGAUGCGGUACCCGAAAAGAUGGAAGUUGAAAGGAGUCGUCAUCAAUUCGUAACUCCUCGUGAUAAGUUUCCUGGUGGGCAGCUUAGAGAAACUGGUUCAAAAAUGUUCACCUCCACUACGGUACGAAAGUCACGUAACACAAUUGAAAACGAGUUCAAAUCGCAGAAAGUAUUGUUUGCCACGCCGGUCGUGAUGGCCCGGCCACCGGUAAACUUUCUUCCUGACGAUAGUCUAAACUAUUCGGUGAUCACGCCAGAUGGCUCGAAGGGAGUGAAGCAUUUGUCACCGAUUAAGGAGCAACAGAAAAUGGUCAAAAGAUCGACGAAUCAACUGUUUGGGGAAUUGGAGACCGCAAACGAUAAAGUGACUCCGCCGAAUGUUGCAACUUUAUGCGCACCGAAAGGGGUGGAGAAACGGAUUGAUUCCAACGAUACGCCACAACAACCCAAGGAACGUCCUAUCGUAAUCAAUGGGAAGGAAUAUUUAGUGGUGAAGAAAAUAGGCUCAGGAGGCUCCAGUUCUGUUUUCUUGGCAAAACAAGUUGCCACUGGAUUGGAGUGUGCUGUGAAGCUUGUUAACUUGAACGGAGAUGCAAAUUUGGUCGAAGGAUAUCUGAACGAAACCAAAAUGCUUGCAAAGCUGCAAACGAACGAGAACGUAAUUGCUCUAUAUGACUAUGCUCACAUUCCCGAAGCCAGCCAGCUAUUUCUCGUGAUGGAAAAGGGUGAGAGUGACUUGCAUCGAAUUCUGCAAGGGUACACCUCGGACAUUCCACUUUACUCGCUGAUCAGCAUUUGGUAUCAGAUGGUGCAAUGUGUACACUACAUUCACGGGGAAGGUGUCAUCCAUUUGGAUUUGAAACCGGCUAACUUCCUCAUGAUUAACGGUCGGCUCAAGCUGAUCGACUUUGGGAUCGCGAGUAGUAUUUCGUUCGAUUCGACCAGUAUUAUGAAAUUCUCACAGGCCGGUACAUUUAACUACAUCAGUCCGGAGGCAUUGAUCGAUACGUCAAGCGAAAUGAGUCCGGCAGGCGCGCAACCACGCAUCAAAAUGUCGAAAAAGUCAGACAUCUGGUCAUUGGGUUGCAUCCUGUAUCUGCUUCUAUACAAACGAACGCCGUUUGCUCACAUAAAAAAUGUCGUCACCAAGGUGAAUGUCAUCACUAAUCCCAGAACGGUUAUCGAGUACCCUCCGAUGGCCAGCUACUAUCCACCGAUGCUGCUGGACAUUUUGAAACGGUGCCUUCGGUACGAUGCAAAGUCGCGUGCUUCCACGGCGGAACUGCUGGAGUAUCCUUAUCACAUGGUUAUUCCACUGAACAAGUAA